GGACGCAAUCAUGUGACCAUUUCUCAAAUAUUCAAGAUGGAGGAAAGCGAGUGGAGGUGGUUCGCGAAGUGUUGGGUUGUACUUACGAUAAUUUUCAUCUCCUUGCCACAGAGAGCUGACAGUGUUAUAGUAGAAGGAAACUUAACGACAAGAGAGGAUUGGGUAUUUCUUACAAGAUUCUGCUUUUUAUCAGAUGAUGGAGAGCUGAGCUUUACUUUUAUAGUUCCAGAGGAUUAUGGUGUAGAAGAAGUCCUCCUUUAUUUUGAUGAUCCGUCUCAGUGGGCCUCGGUGUACAAAGUUCCUGGUUUGACAUGCUCAGAAAAGAAAGUGCCCAUUGAUGACGCUCGAAACCAGAAAAUUACUUUAUCAACUUCUUACUACUGGGCUGGCUGUAAAUAUGACACCACGCGGCGGCCCGGCCGACCCGUUUACGUUUGCCAGGGCGGACGAACUUUCAAAUCGUAUCGCGCUCGAUGGUGGUUUAUUGGGUUGGCUAAUUGCAGUACCACCAAGGGUCUACAACUGGAGUACAGACUACAUAUGACAAAUUCCAAAAAUAAUACCUUCUUUAGAGAAUUUUCAGCGGAUGAGUUCUACAUACUGCAGGUGGACAUCAGUUUUAGCGUCAUUUACAUCAUUUUGCUACUGUUAUCAGUAUAUUGUGCAUACAUGUUGCGUAGUCGCCAGCUGUUCCAUACUACAUAUAAGAUGUACAUGGUUUCCCUGGGGUGUGAGGUGAUCUUCCUGCUUAUCAAAGUGUCGUACUAUGCUACCUUGGCCAACACUGGCUACAAAUAUCCAGGAGUCAAAAUAUUUGCACGAAUCUUUGAAUCGAUUGCCACUUUGACAUUUUUGCUGAUGUUGAUCUUGUUGGCCAAGGGGUAUACUGUCACUAGGGGGCGUCUAAGACAAGCCACCGCUGUGAAGAUAACUGUUAUGAUGACAUUUUAUAUACUACUCUAUAUUGUUAUGUUCAUCUGGGAAGCUGUGUUUUUUGAUCCGGGUCUGGUGUUGUACCUGUACCAGAGCCCCCCUGGGUACGGACUCAUUGGCAUGAGGUUGCUGGGAUGGCUAUGGUUCUGCUACGCCACUUUUUUCACACUCAAGAAUUACCCAGAGAAAAAUUUGUUUUAUUAUCCACUUUUUGUCUUUUUUACACUGUGGUUUUGGGCUGGUCCAAUUGUGAUACUGGUAGCAAUGAAUGUUAUCAACCUGUGGGUGCGAGAAAAAGUGGUGAAUGGAGUUGAGCUAUGUGUGUCAUUCGUGGGACAUUUUAUAUUUUUGAUUUUAACACGUCCAUCAGCUGCCAACAAGAAUUUCCCAUUCCAUGUCAGGACUACACAGGUUGGUGUUAUGGACACCCCGGAGCAGAACGGAGUCCCAGCCUCUGCCAGCACAGACCUGGACAGCUUUGGCGCACAUGCGUAUGCGCCCUCUACUGAGACAAAAGAAGCCAAUGGGAGUGCCCCAACUACAAAUUUUAUGAAUCUUUUUGUCACUUCUAAGGAAAGGAGUGACUCUCAAGAAUUCAUGGUGAAAGAAAGCAAUCAGUAAAAUAUGUGUUCCUUUAGAAGGAACCAGUAAACAUAGACAGUUUUCCACACAGCUAUUCAAAUGGAAACACUGCCUACUCUUCAUGAAAAAAGAAUAUUACUACUGUCCACUUAUACAGGAAAAAACCUUGGAUGGAACAUGGUAUUUUUAUGAAAAAAUAAUGGAACGUAAGAAGUUCCAAAUGAGAGACAUAUAUCAAGGUUGGGAUUCCCUAGGAGGUCAAGGUUAAUAACCAAAGGUCAAGGUCAUUCACAGGCCAACCAGGAUGUUUGGUUGUUAAAAGUUAAAGAGAUGAUGAAGAGUUUCUAUUUAUAUUAUGGUGGGAGAUGGAUCAAUUCAGCCAUUCAAGAAAAAUGUGCAUUAGAUACCGAAUUUCUUAGCAACACCAAGGGAAGAGAAGUAGUGAUUAUCCAGCUCUGUGCUCAAAUGCAUGUUGUCCGUCCUUAUUUUUAAUGAAAGUUUCAAAGCAAAUAAGGAUAUAUAGAUUUAUAAGUAUACAUGAUAAUUAUUCCAGGGGCCCCUCUGAGCCUGAGACAAAAAAGGCAGAACAUGUUCACUGAUACUUUUAAAUGAGGAUGUAUUGGUUGGAGGAAAAUGAAGCAUACUAUACUUACAAGUAUAUACAAUGUAUAUAUAUAUAUAUGAAUAAUAUAUAUGUGGAGCUAUAUUACAGUGUAGAGAUCGGCUUAUGUAGGGUUAUCUUACUUCAGGGUCUUAAAGAUAGAGCCUUGUAUAUUGAAACUCAUCAGCAAUGAUGACAUGUACUAAUAUUGUAGGCCUUUUUGUAUUUCUAUGGAAUGAUGAUGUUAAAUUAUUGAAAUUAUUGGAUGAAUCUGAAGUAACUGUGUGAGAGAGUGUGUAUACAGUUUUGUAAAUAAUAGCAUAUGUUGUAUAUGUGAAAUACAUAAAGGGUAAGUAUACUAAGUUUAAACAGAACGUUUUGAAGGGUGAAGCAAAGUAAAAAUAUGUAAGUUUUAUCAAGUUCAGUUUGUUGAGGCGAUUUGAAGUUAUCAAUGAGAUUAGUUGGUACAUUAAUUGUAGUACACCCUCUCACAUGUAAAGAUGUUAUGAAUUAUAUUUAUCUGGAAAAAUUCUUAUUGGUUAUCCAAGAUUUUUGAGCAAUCAUACUCAGCACAGCUUCAUGGUGUGUUUGUGCUUGAGGCAAUUAUAACUGUGUUUCCCUGUCCUCGUGGCGGGUGUGUAGUUACUGUAGUCAUGGUAGCGACUUGGAGCAGGGCAGAUGGAACAGUUAUUGACUAAUAGCAAUACAGGUACACACGUGUAGUUGGCCUCGUUAAGAGUCCAGGGAUUACAUGGCAAAUCUUGCAAGUUUUCAUAUAAUGAAAGGUAAAUAGCCAAAGUUAGCCAAUUACUGUGCAUAGCGAAAGUGCAUACCACGUCUAUUGAUUAGCCGUCAUUUUUAUAUGGAGUUUUCUUGCAGUUUUUUAACAUAGUAGCAAGUUGUAAGCUUUUUUAACAGGUGUCAAUUCUUCAGUCAGAUUUGUCUUGUAUGACAGUUACUAUAGUAGUUUCCUCAAUCAACAGUUCAAAGCUUUAUUGCUACUCCAUUAUUCCAUUGUCUACCAAGAAGAAACUAUUAUUGCAACUUUGAAUGCAUCACAGGGCUGAUUAAAUACUUAACAGUCUCGUUUGAAAUCAUUGUAUUGUAAACGAAGAAGUUGUUGCAUUGCAAGCCGUUUUCUUCUUAAUUAACUUUUUGCAGUGCUUUAAGAGUGCGCCUUGUUUUUCAGUGCAUUACUGUAAUCCAAUAACUCUAUUGUUAAAGAUGUGGCCAAGUUAUGGCGUGAAAAGUUGACCAUUUUUUCUGUUCUUCAUUGAGACGCUACUCAUUCCUCUAUUUAUUCAUUAGUAGAUUAUUUUUGUAUUUUUUGCCGACGGUAAAUUCUCAUUCCUAUUUAUACGAAAAUAUAUUUACAUAAUGCGAGUGAUUUUAAAAUUCAAUAUUUCUAAACAUUUAGAUAUUAACAGUAUUAUGAAUGAGAAAAAUUACAAAUCGUUUUAUUCCGUCCUGAUAUUUAAACAGUCAGAUUUUCCCCCAGUCAUUUAUAUCCGUCCCAAAUUCUGUACUAGUUUUUAACAUCUUUAACUACUUUUUGUUAAGUUUUACACUUAUGUUAAAUCCAUUUAAAUGUUUGGUAUUCUUUUGCGGAUGGGGAAACCAUUAUCUUAGUUAGUGAUGCGAUGUUUCUGCGGCAUUGCAAACCUGGAACAAAAGGUUAUAUUAUUAUUUACACGAUUUAUUACUAGUAGACGAGACAAGAGGGUAAUUUUAUUCUGUACGGGCUGUAGAGGGCGACAUGCGAGAUUUAUUGUUCAACAGCCAGUUUAUAGCUUGUGGUUUAUAUUUGGCGACAAUUGGAAAUUGUCCAAUAGACUUGAGAAGUGCACGUGAUGAGAAAUAGAUUGCCUGAGUCAAGGUAAUUAAGUUGACAUUUUGACCAGCUAUUGGUCUCGGAUUUUAUCACCAAAGAGCGGCUGUUAUUUUCCUCGUAGUUGAACAAGGGGUUUUCUUUCUUGGCAAGGAAAAUGUAUGAAAUGCAGUUAAGUGCGUAAACUUUAACAACAAAGUUCCUUUUCACUGUGAUUUCCCGCUUUCCAAUGGGUGUACUUUUCUUUCUUUUAAACGCGUUAGUGCUGGACGCGGGGAUGGUUACGAAAUCAUUAGGAAAUAACAUUUAAAUGAGAAGUGGUUGGUGUACACCCUGAAGGUCAGAGAUAACUUGAAACGAACCGCAUUCGAAUUGCUGAAGCAAGGGUAUGCUUAGGUGUAGAGGUUUGUUUCGAGUUCUCUCUAAAGCUCAGGGCGUGCACGUACAGAACCUCGUUCUGAAAUCAGUCUGAUUAGAGAGUAACGUGUGCCAUCUUUCUGUUAUCCACUUUAUGGAACUUUUAGUUUUGUGAGUUAUAUCAAAGUGUAGUUUAUUUGGGACAUUGUAUCAUCAUGAUAAUUAUUUCUAUAAUUGGUUUUUGUUCUAUUCUUCGCAUUUACAGGAUGUACCUGUAUGGAAUACUGCUAACGUAACUUGAAUCAAAACAUGUUGUGGUGAUGAAAAAUAAAGAUGUGGAAUACA